UUGCGUGGCCGCCGGGACCCCUGCGCGCACCGCCUCUCGCCCCUAGCCACCGCGCGCCUCCGCGGACACGCACUUCCUGCGAGGCCUCUGUGCGCACCUUAGGCGAGCCGAGCCGAGUUGAACCGUGCCCUGCGCUUGCGAGCUGUUCGCCAUGGUGGACGAGCUGGUGCUGCUGCUGCAUGCGCUCCUGAUGCGGCACCGCGCCUUGAGCAUCGAGAACAGCCAGCUCAUGGAACAGCUGCGGCUGCUGGUGUGCGAGAGGGCCACCCUACUGCGCCAGGUACGUCCGCCGAGCUGUCCGGUGCCCUUCCCCGAAACUUUUGACGGCGAGAGCUCCCGGCUCCCCGAGUUUAUCGUGCAGACGGCGUCUUACAUGCUUGUCAACGAGAACCGAUUUUGCAACGACGCCAUGAAGGUGGCAUUCCUAAUCAGCCUGCUCAUCGGGGAAGCCGAGGAGUGGGUGGUGCCCUACAUUGAGAUGGAUAGCCCCAUCCUAGGUGAUUACCGGGCCUUCCUCGAUGAGAUGAAACAGUGUUUUGGCUGGGAUGACGACGAAGAAGACGACGACGAAGAUGAAGAAGAUGCUUACUAGGCCCGGAGACCCUCGGGCCUAGGGGGGAGGGCCCUGCACGCCGCCACCUCCCCCCUCCCCGCCUUGCCCCGCCCGGAGCCGCCGCGCUCCCCUAGCGCUCAGAUCCCCUUCCCUACCCCUGCCUCUGGUUGUCUUCCUCCUCCCCCCCUCCUCCCCGUAGUGCUUGUCUUUGUUCCGGGGAUAGUGCUCCAGUUACCUGCUGCUGAGGCUGGGGCCUCUCUCUGAAGUGCGCUGCCUCCCACUGGCCAGCCCCAGGACCCUCUCCUGCUGACUUGAACUGUGUUCUGAGCCCCAACUCUAGGCCAGGCCCCUGUUACCAACUGGACUACGCACAGCUGUGCCGCACAGCCCUGCCAACUGUCAGGCCUACAUCUUGCCCAGAGACCUACGCUGCCACGUAAGCACCCUUCACCACAUUACAGCGACAGACCAGGCCUUUGGAGAUAAGUAGCAACCUAGAAGAUGCCUUAGUUGGCUACAGCUCCUGGGACACUGGUUUGGACUGCUCACCAACUUUCCCCAAGGGGCUAAUCUUUCAAGCUGGUUAGUUCCCUGCUAACGCCCAAGGCCUUCUCCUGCCUCACCAGAUUGCUGCAGGAGCCUGUUGUGCCUGGCAGCCAAAUCGUUGACAUUUCUCCUAUGCACCAGUUUUGCACAACUGUCAUUUAUCUUUCAAAAUUGCAGCAAUCCCACAGAUGUGUGCAUUUGGACAAAAAUACUAAAAACGAAACAAUACAAACAAAAGCAGGCACUCAGCCCAGCUCCUCAGUACUACCUGGAAAAAGCAUUUGCAUUCUUUUCAAUAAAUAUCAAGCACUACGAAAAAAGAGUCUCUUUUAAUGGUUAAGGGCUGUCAUUGGCCUCUGCCACUCACCCUGACUCCCAUAUUCUCAUUGAUAUCAGGGAACCUAGUUCAAUCCCAGUAUUCCCCACUGUCAUGUGUAGGCUACAGAGGACAGCUAACAUAUGGCUUUAUGGGGAAUCUGGUACUCCCCCCCCCAAAGCAUUUCUUGCAGCCCUGGUGAAGGGGGUGUCCUCUGGGGCUUCCAAGAUGACAUGGGUAAGCUGUGGCUGAGCAGGUGGUACACCAUCCCAAACUGGGACACUUUUGAGAGAGCUUAAAGGGGACACUAUUAAUUAUUAGACUGGGACAGCAGGCAUAAAUCAGGACACACAAUAUUCCUGUCUUCCUGAGCUUUUGGGUUCUUCCUCAACACGGCAAGUUCUGCCCCUUAACCCUUAGUGCCUGUGGGGUGCUAUUGAGUUCAGGCUUCAUUUACCAACGUAGCACAUUGUUUUAAUACCCCUUUGAGGUGCUUGAGCUAACAUUAAAUCCUAGAUCCUGGGUAAAUGCACCCAUAAUAAACGGAGCCUGAUUUGAACAUUUCAUCUUCCUUGGGCAGAUACCCUUAGAAUCCCCACCCAUCCAUGUGCCCCAGAUUCCAGCCUGUAGAAAUUGACAAUAUGCCUGGCUAUCUCCUGAACUAGAUCUUAUACUGCUAUCUGAGCUAUGCUGAGAUUUCUUUGUGGGCCUGGAUGGCUCGGAGGCACUAAGGGAGUGGGGUGAGUGCUGAGAAGAAUCUGCAUGCCUUUGUGAGGCAGUUACCCCAGGUUAAGUCACUGAAAUGUUAAAUCAGGGAAGCUCGGUUAGGGGAUUUGUGGGGCCUAUCUCUGCCAGCCAGGAGCUGUCAGGAGCAUUUGGGAGAUUGCGAGUUCUCAUUCUUAUCUCUAUCUGCCCCCAUGUCUUUAUUGUACCACGUCUGGAGCCAGCUCUACCUUAGAACCUCUAAUUAAUUUAGGUAAUAAAUUUUCUUGUUGAUUAAGA